AUGAUCAGCAUUGAAAGCUUUGAGGCGCAGCAGGCCAUAAGUAUUGUCGAAGCGUGCAAGAAGGCAGGGGUAGAAACCAUUGUCGCAUCGAAAACUUUCAAUACUGAGGAAAAGGCCCUAUGGGACAACACUGUCACUAAAGAGAUUGGCUUGCACGGCUAUUACCAGUCCAAAGCCUCGGUUGAGGAUAUUGUCCGCGGUGCUGGGUUUCAGGCUUACACCAUCCUUCGACCAUCAUUCAUUCACUUUGACUACCUGCUGCCAAGCGUGUACAUGAACUAUCCUACGCUUCCAGUUGAUGGAAUAUUGCUUCAUUCACUGAAUGAUGGAGUUCCGAUAGCCAACACGGAUGCAUAUGAUAUCGGGAAGUACGCAGCAGCGACUUUACAGGGUCCUGAAAAAAUUGGUGGAGAGGAGAUUGACCUCGCCAAUGAAGUCCUAACCCCUGUGGAGGUGGGGGAAAUUUUGAAGAAAGCCAGCGGUAAGGAUAUCCAAGUGAGGAAGCGGACUGAGCUAGAAAUGAAUGAGGCGAGUAACACUGUUGGCUUGCACAAGUUUCAUGCUUGGAUCAACACUCGGGGCCUCAAGCAUGGUCCAGAGCGCAUAAAAGCAAUUCAAGUUAAAUUUGGGAUUCCUUUCACGUCUCUGAAGUCAACUUUGCAGAGGGAGAAGGCUGCCUUGCUGGAGUGCUUGGCCAACGUGAAGCAGGCUUGA